AUGUUUAUCAGUCUAUUCGCCAAGAUCGUCAGCAACGUCGCCUGCUACCUCUACCCAGCCUAUGCAUCCUACAAAGCUCUUGCUCUGACCCCUAUCAACAGCCAUGACGCAACCGUGCAGACCGAAAGGUGGUUGAUGUACUGGGCUGUGGUCGGGUGCUGGACGGCGAUUGAGAGUGUGGCCUGGUGGUUGCUCUACGUGAUCCCUUUCUACUCGUUGAUCAAGUGCACCUUCUUCCUAUGGUUAUCACUCCCUCAAUUCGAGGGGUCAACCUACAUUUACAAUCAAUACCUUGCCCCGGCCUUUGCCGAGCAUGAAUACGAUAUCGAUUCCUUCCUCGCUAGUCUACAAGGCCGAGCGGGGUCUGGCUUGGCGGCAAUCAUCAGUUGGAUCUGGGCUCAAGCAAGAGCGCAUCUCAAUAUGCAACCUGGUAACUCCACCGCUCAAGCUCAGAGUGGCUACCAAGGUAAUCAUCCCCAUAUCCCGGCGGAUACUGCGCCUCAGCCUCCGACAAUGCAUGAUCCCGCCUCGGGAAUGAUGAGGCAGGCCAUGGGUCUCGCCACCAGAUACGCCGGAAACUACGCCCCCGUGAUCGCGCUCGCCUGGCAGAAUAUGUCCGCAGCGAGCAAUCGAGCCGGACCAGGUCAUCGCGCUGCGACACCUGAAGAGCCCGUUCGAGGGUUCGACGUAGAUCCAGUCCAGACUCAUUCGCAACCGACGACUCCUGCUUCUACAAGCCCGCAAUAUCCAAGCUUCCCGCCCACUCCGCCUUCAUUCGCUUAUGCUGGAGAACAGAGCUCGCAGGCGAUGAGACAAGCCGCCUCUCAAUUGUUCGCAUCGAGCCGACAAGCACCUCAACAGAGCUUACAUCAACGAAGCGUGACCACUCCAGCUGGUCGUAGUACCCCUGGUUCUCGUUCCUCAUCAGGCGAGGACGUCCGACCUGGACGGGUCAGCUCAAGAGGCUCCGGCUACAACAGCUGGGGUGAAGGAUCGGCCUUUGAGCAGGUCAACAAGGAGGAUGUUGCCGGGUUCGAACAGACACCUGAGCGACCCCGACCCAGCGGUCGAGGAUCGAGUUGGUUUGGAUGGAGCGGUGCUACGCCUCCUAAAGGCAAGACGGAAUGA